AUGAAAGCUCUAGGUGGGAUACUUGCUGAGGCUUAUGCGUCGUGGUCCUAUUCUAUCUCUCAUUGCUGUCAAUCUCUAACUUCUCAUUCCGAUGAAAAGACUCAUCACCCUGUCGACCAUAAGUCGAUAGAUGUCAUUUAUGAUGAGCCUUCGUUUAUUUCGCCUCCCACCGCGGCACCGUCUUGGCCGAGUAGAGGGCCAUACAGCAUGGAGCGAGCUCCUAGGAAAAGGCAUGGUUCCGGAUGGAGUAGCUUCUCUGCGAGAAGGCUUCUAGUACGACCAGGUUCGUCGUCAUCGCGCAGGCCGCAUAUAUCUGCUCCUACCGAAUUUCGUCAUCUUUAUUCAGAGUCUUUUCGUUUUCCGGAUCAUGGCCCAGCGCACGUGGGACAGCAGCCGGCUUCUUUUCGUCCUCUCGAACUCAGCAUAUAUAUGACCGAUAAUCGACUUUCCCCUAUCUUACCUCACAUUGACUAUUCUACUCCUGCACCCCCACCUCCACCUCCUGUCACGCCUCCUCAACGUGCUUUCACUCUCUCGAGUCGCGAUGAAGACAGUCCCCACAUGACACAUUCACGUAGCUACUCAUCUAUGUCGUUCCACAUUCCUCGGAGGCCAGUCAAUGGUGGGUCCGUCUUCGAUUCUCCGCGAUCAGAUGACAGCAUGCCGCAACGACCUCAGCCGGCCAAAGUUAGGAGUCGCGCGUCACCGGAAACAUCGAGUCCGAUGAUGGAGGACCUCGUUGAAAGAGUUGCAACUGCUAUGCUGGAACGGGAUAUGCUACAGGAGAGGAUUGAGGACGUUAUUGAAAGGCAGAGCAUCUACAUUAGCAGCCGGCCGUCAACUGCACACGGAGAGCCGGAAAUGGGGCCUAUGCCAGACAUUCCAGCGCUACCUCCUAAUGCUCCCUCAUUUAGCGAGCGCCUCAGCUCCGAUCGCCCGCAGACUGCCCCAUCUCAAACGCCAGUUCGCGCACCAUAUAAAGCUAACUCGUCGCGCAAAGUAGAGGGACGAAUCCCUCCUCCGCCAUUGCCGCUUCGACUGCGACCACCAUUGCGCAAGAAGAAAUCCUUUUCGCGAGUUUCUACCUGGGUGCUAUCUGGAGGGGAGCACAAACGAGACAUCAGCCUCGACUCCUUUACUAACGUUCCUAUGCCCGUAACCGAUUCCGAUGGAUUCUACCAAAUUGCGAAACCCGAGGGAGACCAAAGGUGUAGCAUCGAUACGUUAUCUACCAGCUCGGACUGGACUGUGGAGGAAGAACAGACAUUACCGACGAGUCUAUCACCUAGCAGUACGGCGACUCUAAAAGCGAGGCUGGAGCCUCCCAUCUCUAUUGCAUCCGGACUACAACAACCGAUAGUGCUGCCUCAACGGCGGAGCGUUGGUGUUGCUGUCUAA